AUGUAGUUGUUGGAUUGGUUGCCAAGGCAUAACGGAUUUGGGUAAUGGUUUGGGUAACUGUGCUAGCCUUAUAGCUUUGGAUCUCAAAAUAUUGAGGAAACAAAUACUAAAAAUGAGGGUAUAUCUGGGUUAGCUUCUGGUUUAGCUAACUGCCCUAAUCUUAAAAUUCUAAAACUGAAUAUUGAUGAAAACGAAGUUGAUGAGUAAGGUAUAUCAGGUUUAUGUUCUGGUCUGAGUAAAUGCAAUAAACUUUGUGAUUUGUCUCUUAAGCUUAGAGGCUUAGAUAUUCGAGAUAAAAGUGUAACUAUGUUAGGUUCAUUAUUUCAAAAAAUGCUUAAUCUAACCACUUUAUCAAUUGAUCUAAGUAAUAAUAAUAAUAUUGGAAUUUCAGGAGUUUCUGUUUUAGCAUCUAUGGUUGGUAAAUGCUCUAAACUUAAAAUUUUGGAAUUCAGCCUUAAUAGCAAUAAAAUUGAUGAUGAAGGAGUUUCUAGCAUAAUCUCUGGUUUGAAUAACAGCACAAACUUUGAGAAGUUAAAUUUAUAACUAAUGUCAAAUAAUAUUAGUGAUUCAGGUGCAUUAAAUUUAGCUUAAUUUGCAACUAAGUGCAUUAAUUUAAAAAGUUUAGAACUUUUUUUAGAUAAUAAUGAAAUUGGUAAAGAAGGGAUAUCUGACUUAAGCUGUGGCCUUAGUAAAUGUUUGAAUCUUAAAAUUUUGAUGCUUAAUAUUGACUUUAAAGCUAUUGGAGAAUAAGGUUUGUCUAUUUUAAGCUUUCAUUUGGGUUAAUCAAAGUGUUUAACAAGUUUAACUUUAAUAGAAAGAGGCAGCUAUAAUCAGAUUCCUAUUUGCAUACUUAUGAAAAGUAGAUUAUUAAAGAAGUGCAUUAGGUUAAUCAAAAUUGAAUUUUAAAAUUUAAGAAGAUAUUAUUAUUGA